UUCACAUGCUUGCAAGAAAAAAUGGCGGCUAGUAGAUAUAUAUAGGACAUAGUCAAGACUGUUCGUAAAGUCGUCAAUCAAAUCUUCAUGAUUUCGAUAGAUAUACUAUCGUGAUUAUAUUCCAGUAUGGCUUUAUCAAGAGAAGAAGCGUAUGAUAUAUUAGAAUUACCAGUUGGUGCAGAUCAAGACUCUGUGAGAACCAGUUAUAAGAGGUUGGCUUUAAAGUGGCAUCCAGAUAAACACAGCGGGAGCAGCUCCACUGAAGCCGUCAAAAAUUUCAGAAGUAUAAGUAUAGCAUACAAACGUUUAUCAGCAGAGGAUGAGGACCACAUUCCCACUUCAAUGGACCAGAUGCUCUCUCUGUUUAAAGAAGUAUUUUUCCCAAGAUCUGUUGGUAAUUCCUAUCAUAAUGGGUCUGGGUACGACACCUCAGACAGUGAAGAUGAUGAAGAGUAUGAUGAUGACAUACAAUAUUCAAAUUUAUUCCCAGAUAAAUUUAAGUUGAAACAAGAAAUGAAAAAAGCCAAAACAGCAUAUGAAUGCAGUGACAAGCAUCUAACAGUAGAGGAAAUUAAUAAAAAUGCAGAAGAAUUAAUUACUGAAGAAGAGAAAGAAAAGAAAAAAGCAGAAAAAAGAAAAGCAAAGAAGAAGAGAAGAAGGGAGCGGAAACGUCAAGAGAAGGGAGAUAAUCUUGAGAUAGAGGAGGACAGGAAAAUUAAACCGAGGACAAAAGAUUCAGAAAAUUCUGAGAAGAAUAAGGGAAACAAAAUGACAAGAGAUUCAUCGUCGUCUUCAGAUGAAGCGGGUUUUGAUCCUCAUUCAGCAUUUUUUACCAAAGUUGUCAAUAAGAAAAAGAAAACGGGGACAACACAAAGUUCUGAACACUCGUCGAAGAAAGACAAAAAGGGAGGAAGUGAAGAUGAUGCUGAGGAUUUAGAUCCUGUGGUGCUACGCAGUCGACAGUUAGCAAUUAAAGGUAAUGAGAUGGCCCAGCUAAGCCACUACAAUGCAGCAAUAGAACUCUUCUCCGAAGCCAUCAAGUUAGACCCCAACGAUUUCAGAUUUUUUGGAAACAGAUCUUACUGUUAUGACAGAAUACAACAAUAUGAUAGAGCAUUAAAGGAUGCUGAAAAAGCAAUAUAUCUAUCCAAAGAGUGGCCAAAAGGUUAUUUCAGAAAAGGAAGAGCUUUAGCUGGUCUCAGAAUGUUUUCUGAGGCAGAAGAUGCUUUUACGCAGGUUUUGAAAUUAGAUAAAAAUUGUGAAGAUGCUGUGACGGAACUGCUGAGAGUACGGACACAUCAAAUAACUGACAUGGGUUUUUCUCGACAACAAGCAGAGGCUGCCAUCAAACUACAUGGGACUGUACAGUCAGCACUAGACAGCCUACUUGCUGGAGUUGCGGAAAACGUUUUAGGAGUUGAAGUUUAUGUAUCGGAUGAUGAUGAAGGUUUCACAAUAACAAACAGUAGAACAUCACAACCAAAAAAAUCAGAUGCCAAGAUGGACCACAAUAAUCCUGAUGGGCUUACAGCUCUCUGGGUUGGAAAUGUCCUUCCUGACAAAGUUGAUGACAAAAAACUUUUUAGAAUUUUUUCAAGGUAUGGAGCUGUGACUAGUGUGCGGUGUCUUCCAGAAAAAUAUUGUGCUUUCAUAAAUUAUAAAACCAAGGAGGCAGCUGGCAAAGCCAUGCAACAUUUACAGGGUGCAGAAUGUGGAGGUCAGAAUCUCCUUAUCAAGUUUCCAGACAAUCCUAUUGUUAAUGGAAGUGGAAACAUCACACUUAGAAAAAACCACCAGAAGACGUCUGGACCUGCAACCAUUACAAUAGGGUCUUCCACACCAUUGUCAUCGUCUUCAAAUAAAGUACAAGUGAGUGCCACUGUUGCCAAAGUUGCGGAUAAUUUACCAAAGCAGUCUGGACCAGUGAAUGGUGACGAGUGUUAUUUCUGGCGUACAACUGGUUGUGUUUAUGGGGACAAAUGUCGGAAUAAACAUGUAGCAGAUCAUCGUGGCUUGGACAAAAAACCGUGGCAAAAAUCUUAACGCUAUUCCUUCAGUAGAUGUGUUUACAUGCGCACAGACUGCUCUGUCAAAAAUCUUACUGUGGACAUUUGUAUGCAUAUGCAAGGGUGUGGUUGUGUGUUUGAUGAGGGAGUAACGACAGUUUUAAUUUUCUGCAGUGUUAGCAGUGUCAUAAUGAUACACUGAAAGUUCUGUUACACUCGUUUACACAAAUUCUACGUAUUACACACUUCUGCUCAGCAUUUUUGAUGAACUACAAAUUUACUGUACUAAGAUGAAAUGUGAUUUCCAGAUGUUAAUAGAAACUACGAUUUGAGUUUGAGGUUUAUUCCCCGAGUUAAAAGAAGAGAUUCCGGUUCUGCUGGUCAGGGCCAAAUUACGAUUGCUUCUACUACGAUUCAGGCAUAUCUUACUCUGAUGUUUUACAUUUGCUUUAUUCAUGUUUAGAAAUGUUAGUGUGAAUUCUGUUUCUUAACCAGUUCCAUAAUUAAAACCAAAAUGAACGAAAGCCAUUUUCAGGUCGCCUGAGCCGAAGACUCGUGGUGACCUAAUGCCAUUGCCUUUUGUCUGUCUUCGUCUGUAGUGUUAACUUUUUCUUGUGAACAUGAUAACAUGAGUAAAUAUGAAUGGUUUUCGAUGAAACCUUAUAUCUACAAUAUCCCAAACAAAUUCAACAAUGGGACCGAUUGGAUCAUAACUUAUAGAGUUAUGGAACUUUGCAUUAUCAUUUAACCUUGUGAGCAUCAAUUGAGUAAAUAUGAAUGGAUUUUGAUCUAAAAGAAGAUCUUGGAACGUACAUAUCAGAUCAUAAGAGUUAUGGCCCUUUGCAGUUCAGGUCUCUGGUCAUGAUAUUGGGCCAGUAGCAUGCUGGGAUGGAGGACUACUGGUAACAAGUUAAUUCAAUCAAAUGAAUGACCUUCACUUACUUUCAAGGUCAUAUGGGUCAAAUAUGUAAAAAAAAAAAAAAAAAUGAAGUUUAAAAGCA